AUGCCAAGUGUGCAAUCAGCGGCACAAUACAAAAUUACAUCAAGACGCGAAAUACACUGGAUCGACGGAAUCGAAACAGUGACAAACAAGGAACGCCACGAUCAAAACGGGAAAGGAUCACCGGUCGCCGCAUCAUCCACCGAUCUCCCAGCGCACGGCCUCUUAGCAACGGCUAUGGUCGAAGUAUAUGACAGGGAGCGCAGAGCGAUCGAGUGUCGCACGCUCUUAGACACGUGCUUGAGCGCCAAUUUCAUGACCGAAGCCCUCGCCGCGAAAUUAUACCUUCCCCUGGAAACAUGCGCAGUCAAGAUCGAAGUCUUAAAUCAAGAAGACACGACGACGAACAAUCUUCUGACGACCACGGUAAAAUCGCGGACAUCGAAUUUCAAACGGACGCUGAAAUUCUUCACGGUACCGCGAAUAGCUAAUAGAAUCCCGGAUCAACAAAUCGACCGCGCCAGAAUUCCGAUACCGAAAAACGUGAAAUUGGCCGAUCCGCAAUUUCACCGCCCGGCUCCAGUUGACAUGCUUAUAAGCGCCGGACCGACGAUGGCAAGCUUAAGCAUAGGUCAACUGAACCUCUCCUCCAAUGAUCAGUCGGAUCUGAUUCUGCAGAAGACCCAAUUUGGAUGGGUCAUCGGGGGGAGCGGCCCUAUGGCAACGGCGCGCACGAAACACCGGACAUUCUUCGCUACCCCGGAUUUCGAUUUACAAAAAUUCUGGGAGUUAGAGGAGGGUCCCCACAUCCGACAUUUAUCGGCAGAAGAGCAGGAGUGCGAAGAUCAUUUCAAGGAUCAUAUUAAACGCGAUAAAUCGGGACGGUAUGUCGUCGCGUUACCCUUCAACGGAAGGGAUUCCUAG